AUGCAUAUAUCACUUAAUAUACCAGCGACAACAAUGGUUGGAAUUAAUGUCACCAUGGUCAGUACGACCAAGAAAGUUCUCAUGUCAGGGUAUGAUCUCCAGGUGUACGGACUGGACAACGAUCAGUUCCUUGAUAUUCAUAUUCCAGCUCUGACAUGUAUAGGCCUUAGUUUUAUCUGUGCAGUUUUGAUUAUGGUGGACUCAUAUCGCCUUCAGAGUUUCAGAUCCUUUUUCUCCUGGACAAAGAGCGAGCGGUUUGUUGUGUACCUUGCGGUGUGUGAUGGACUCUUCAACAUAGCACACUCCAUGGACCACCUUCACAUCCUUAUAACCAGAGAUCAUGUACACCCAGUUGAACUCUGCGAGUUUUAUGGCUUCAUGUUGGCGGAGUUCAUCACAGCACAAAACCUAAUGGUAAAUGUGGUAGCCAUCAAUGCCUUCGUGUUGAUCUACUACAGAAAAAACAUAGGAUUUGGGCGAUACGACUGGAAACUUCUACUCUGGACGUUCGGAGCACCUUUUCUCGGGGCCACGAUUGCGGGAAUAGCCGGUCAACUGGGAACGAAUGGGGCAUUUUGCUACUUCGACGGUGUGAAAGGAGAGAUUGCAAAUGUUUUUUUCACAACGGUCCCGCUUUUAUUGAUUUUGGUAAUAAACAUCAUCCUGUACGCACUUACAUGGUACAGGAUACAUACAGAGGGCAAACGUUUGAGGAACGUGAUUGGAAAUGCAGCGAGAACGGUCAGAGCUUCUCACAGAGUUGCUCGGACAAUGUCUUUGUUUGUCACUGCAUUCUUCGCACAGUGGUGGGCAAUGGCUUUGUACGGUGUAUGGCAGCUAUCGGCAGACGUCCCUCAGGCCCUAUUUCAAUUCGUCACAACUUUUUCAAACGUUGGAGGGAUCCUGAACGGAAUCGUUUACGUUAUCAUCAGACGACGUAAGAUGAGUGGAUAUUACGAUAAAGAAAGGAACAGAGAAAACACUUCACCUGAUUGUGACUCUGGUAACAAAAAAACAUUUGCCCCCAACGAACGCAGCUCCGAUGUCUAG